AUGGUCUCAAACAAUCCUCAAGACAAUGACGAUAUUAUACUCGCAGGCCCCAACCUUGCUCUUCUCAACCAACUUCAAUCUACUUUGAAUGAAAUUUUUUCUCUAAAGGCUCUUGGCACACUCAAAUGUUUCCUAGGAUUUGAGAUAGCCCGUGCAAAGGAAGGCUUGGUGUUAUCCCAACGAAAAUAUACUUUGCAACUCCUAGAAGACAAUGGCUAUGUUGGAAGUAAACCCGCCAAGACUCCUAUGGAACCUAGAAUCAAACUAGAUGAUCAACAAGGAGAACCUCUCGAAGACCCUUCUCCCUAUCGACAACUCGUGAGAAAACUGUUAUAUCUCACCCUUUCUAGACCAGAUAUAACUUUUGCUGUAAACAUCCUCAGUCAAUUCAUGGCAUCACCACGAACUCCUCACCUACAGGCAGUCCACCAUUUUCUCCGUUACUUAAAAGGCAGCCCUGGACAAGGUUUACUGUACUCAGCCUCAUCCUCUCUCAAUCUAAGAGGUUUCUCUGACUUUGACUGGGCCUCCUGCCCCAUUACCCGUCGCUCAACAACUGGCUUCUGCAUCUUCAUUGGGGACUGUUUAAUCUCCUGGCGUACCAAGAAACAACCUAUCAUUUCUCGUAGUUCAGCUGAAGCCGAAUAUAGAGCACUUGCAGCCACUGGCAGUGAACUCACUUGGCUGUAA